AUGCGCAGUGAAGAAGGGCCUAGGCUUCGCGGAUAAUCCCAACCGUCCCGACCGGCGUGUUGGCUUGAGGGAAGUGGAGGAUUGAUAGGACCAAGAUGAGUUUGUUUGGGUCAACAUCAGGAUUUGGAACUGGAGGCACCAGCAUGUUUGGCACCACUGCUACAGAUAAUCACAACCCAAUGAAGGAUAUUGAAGUUACUUCUCCACCUGAUGACAGCAUAGGUUGUUUGGCUUUCAGCCCACCAACAUUGCCGGGUAAUUUCCUUAUUGCAGGAUCAUGGGCAAAUGAUGUUCGUUGUUGGGAAAUCCAAGACAACGGGCAAACUAUUCCAAAAGCCCAACAGAUGCAUACAGGACCAGUACUAGAUGUUUGCUGGAGUGAUGACGGAAGUAAAGUUUUCACAGGGUCUUGUGAUAAAACUGCCAAAAUGUGGGAUCUUAACAGCAAUCAAGCAAUACAAAUUGCACAGCAUGAAGCUCCUGUAAAGACCAUCCAUUGGAUUAAAGCACCAAAUUAUAGUUGUGUGAUGACUGGAAGUUGGGAUAAAACAUUAAAGUUUUGGGAUACACGAACACCCACCCCAAUGAUGAUGCUACAGUUGCCUGAACGAUGCUAUUGUGCUGAUGUGAUAUAUCCCAUGGCUGUUGUUGCUACUGCAGAAAGGGGCUUGAUAGUUUACCAGUUAGAGAAUCAGCCUUCUGAAUUUAGAAGGAUAGACUCUCCACUUAAACAUCAGCAUCGCUGUGUGGCUAUUUUCAAAGACAAAGUGAACAAACCAACAGGCUUUGCCCUUGGAAGUAUCGAAGGAAGAGUUGCCAUUCAUUAUAUUAAUCCACCAAAUCCCGCCAAAGACAACUUUACCUUCAAAUGCCAUCGAUCCAAUGGUACAAACACCUCUGCGCCUCAGGAUAUCUAUGCAGUAAAUGGGAUUGCCUUCCAUCCUGCCCACGGCACUCUUGCAACUGUGGGGUCUGAUGGCAGAUUCAGUUUCUGGGAUAAAGAUGCGCGGACAAAGCUAAAAACAUCUGAACAGCUAGACCAGCCGAUAUCUGCUUGUUGCUUCAACCAUAAUGGCAACAUAUUUGCAUAUGCUUCUAGUUAUGACUGGUCAAAGGGACAUGAAUUCUAUAAUCCCCAAAAGAAAAACUAUAUAUUUCUGCGCAAUGCUGCUGAAGAACUAAAACCUAGAAAUAAAAAGUAGUGAGUAUAACUCUGUCCAUUAUUCCAUGUUGUUUUCCUGCCACCUGCUCUCCUUUAGUCUCCUUGGAGUUGCCUAUUCAUUCUUUGCAGGACAUUCUGUAACUAACAUCAAAGCACAUUUGGUUGGCUGGAAAAUUAACCUUGCAAGGAAUGCCUGACAUGUGCAUGAAGAUGUGUCCUUUUUCUUAAUAGAGGCAAAAUCCUUGCAUUGGAUCAAGAGACAAUAGUUGCAUCUUUUAAAGGUACUUGUCAGUUUGAAAAACAUGAAUACUGCAGAAAAUCUGAGAGAUCCCCACCUUUCUUUUUUGUUUCCUUGAUGGAAUUCCAUAAAAGAAAGGCUAACAAUUGGGAUCAAGGAAAUAAACCUAAAGACAGUUGUGAGUGAAGUCUUUUUGUGUAUUUUAUUGUUAUAUUUAUAGGUCAGCUUUCUAUUUCAAUGAAAUCUCAAGGCAAUGAUUUUUCUUUUUAUAAUGAAAAUGUAAAAUUUAAUAUUAAACGACUGUCCACUUAGAACAAAAUAAUGUGUUCUUAUUUUUAUUCUGUAUACAUUAUUUUUCUACCUAUGAACGUGAACAAUAAAUUUGUGAUUAAAAAUCC